GUCCAAUCAGAUGUCGUUUCGAAGCAGACUCCGCCCCCGGUAGAGAACGAGCGCCUGCUGUUUCAGUUGAUUUCAACAGGCCUGAUGCAAUGAGGUGUGAUUGAUGCUGCUGAUCUCGUUCAAUCAUACGGCGUCGCCAGCGUCAACAUUCAUAGAGUUUGUCUUCAGAAAGCUGAAUUGAUUAUUGCACACGUGUGUAUUGAGGACGAAGCACAACAGCAGGAUGGUGAAUGAGGGUGCUGGUGCCCCACGCAGUCGCAGGGGGUCUCAUAAGGUGAUUCCUUCAUCAGACCAGGAUGGCACAGGAGAGGUGUCCUGCCCCAGUAAUGGAACAGUGGAAGUGGAGCACAUUAUCAGCGCAAAACUACAGCUGAAGAAGAAAGCUGAGCAUUUGAAGGCAGACCUGAUGAGGCAGUUCGACACUCAAGUCAAUGAAUUCAUGGACAGUCUGAUAGAGGAGUCUGCCAGUCUGGGUUCGUCCCAUGUGAGCACAGUCUUUCCUCUCUCAGAUAAGGAGAAAAGCAAACUCAGGCAUACACGACCUUCCCAAAGCCAAAGCAAGCAGUUCGUUAUCCGUCGAUCCCUGUUAGAUGAUCUGUUUGAGGUGAACCACAUUCGCACCAUCUAUCACAUGUUCAUCGCCCUCCUCAUCCUCUUCAUCUUCAGCACGCUUGUCGUGGAUUUCAUCGAUGAGGGCAGACUGGUGCUUGAGUUUGAUCUGUUGGUGUACGCGUUUGGCCAGUUCCCCCUAGUGGUUGUCACGUGGAUGUGUAUGUUCCUGUCCACGCUUGUGGUUCCGUAUGUGUUGCUCAGUGUCUGGGCUAGUGUUUACCCCACGUCAAACCAUCGGGCCUUAUGGACAGUGCUGGCCGGUUCUCUCUUGCUGCUGUACCAGGGACUGUGUUUGGGUUUCCUGCCCACAUAUGUGGUGCUGAAGAACGGCCUUCCCCCUGCUUCAUGCUUCAUACUUAUUCUAGAACAGGUGCGCCUGAUAAUGAAGGCUCACUCUUUCAUCAGGGAAAAUGUGCCAAGAGUGCGAUCCUUAGAACGAAACAAAGCAAAUUCGUUAGAUGUACCUCAAUUCACCCAGUACAUUUACUUUCUCUUUGCACCCACCCUGAUAUACAGAGACAAUUAUCCACGAAAUCCAUGUAUUCGGUGGGGUUAUGUGGCUACAACGUUUUCGCAGGUGCUCGGCUGUUUGUUUUAUGCAUAUUACAUAUUUGUGCGGCUGUGUAUCCCUCAGUUCCGCAGUAUCAGUAUGCAGCUCUUUGACCUGAGGGCCAUGGUGUUGUAUGUCUUCAACUCUAUACUGCCAGGAGUGCUGGUGCUUUUCUUGGCAUUUUUUGCCUUUCUGCAUUGCUGGCUUAAUGCAUUUGCUGAAAUGCUACGGUUUGGAGACAGAAUGUUUUAUAAGGACUGGUGGAACUCCACUUCAUUUGCUAACUAUUACCGCACAUGGAAUGUUGUAGUACAUGAUUGGCUUUAUUACUAUGUCUACAGGGACUUCCUGUCGAUGACACAGAAGCGAUUCCGUGCAGCGGCCAUGUUGGUUGUUUUUACUGUGUCUGCUGUGGUGCACGAGUACGUUCUGGCCAUCUGCUUUGGCUUCUUCUAUCCCGUCAUGUUCUGCCUCUUCAUGUGCUUUGGAAUGGUGUUUAACUUCGUUCUUAACGACCGGAGAAAAGGGCCAAUCUGGAACGUGAUCAUGUGGACUGCACUGUUCUUGGGUCAGGGUGUUCUCAUCUGCCUGUACUCUCAGGAGUGGUACGCGCAGCGCUUCUGCCCCAUUCAAGAGCCUUCUUUCCUAGACUUGCUGAAGCCUCGAUCCUGGACUUGUACUCCACAGACUAACACUGCUGUAGAUGCUCACUAAAGCCACACCACCAGCCUUCAGAUGAAUCAGAUUUGUUCUGUAUUCUGGAACUUUUUUUUUUUUUUUAGCAUUCUAUAGGUAUUGCACUCUGACCAAAUGAAGUGAAAAGUGACAAGCUUACUCUAUAAUCAUGAGGACAAUGUUUUAUGAAGAGGCCUUAUAUAUUUCAUAUUUAUUAUAACAUCCAUAAUAGAAUGUAGAAUGUCUAUAAUGUGCAUUAUGAAAAUGUCUUUGUUUCCUUUCAAAUUCCUAGUUAGCAUUUGACAAUCUAUUUUAGGUUAUGUCUGAUCUGGCUAAAGAGAUUCUAUUUUUAGAAGCAUCUGUGAUGUUGAGAAGUUGAGUUGAGAUCAGAUUAUACAGUAAAUGUGUUUUGUUUACUGCCACUGCUUAGAUAGUGUUUGAUAUUGUGGUGUUAUUCCAGUACUGGAGAGGCCAUGGAAGAUUAUACAUGUGGUACAUUUUAACCUGGACUACACAAAAUUGUAGAAUGUUUACAAGCGGGGUUGUGAAUUCUAAAACCCCAGUGGAUUUAAAUUAUGUGCCAUACUGCUGUGAAACACAAAAAUAGUUUACUAAUUACAUUUUACUC